AUGGAAUCUCAAGAUUCUAGUAGCGAUUCAGAUGAAUCGGAUCCUACUCGAAUGGGAGAUGAUUUUUCUACAUUAGGAAUCCAUGAACUUAUCCUCAAAUGGCUCUACAGUAACAAUUUGAGGCACAUGACCAGGGUACAGUCGCUCUCUAUAAACACAUUUCUGAAGAAGGGCAACGAUGUACUGGUACAAUCGUGCACUGGCUCCGGGAAGACCCUGUGCUUUAACCUGUUGGAUGUGUACUCAGUUAUAGUACUGCCGACGAGGGAGCUUGCCACGCAGGUUUUUGAAAUAAUAGUGGAUGCACUUGUUUACAUCGAGAAUGAAGGGAGAGUGGAGAAGCCAAGAGCGAAGAUUAAGCACACGUUUAAGAUCAUGGAAAGGAAUUUGUACUGUUCACUGAUCAUAGGAGGUACCACGGUGGAGAAUGACGUCAAGUUCCUGUCAAACGCAAAGGAGAGAGAGUACGUAAAGUGCUUUAUAGUGGCGACGCCAGGGAGGCUGAGUCACCUAAUGGAUAAGUUGGAGCACGAGCGAGUGUGGACGUUUAAGAAUCUGGGAUUCGUAAUACUGGACGAGGCGGACAGGUUCCUCGAAAUGGGAUACCAGAACGACAUGAGUAAGAUCUUCAGACACUUGCCGAAGCAGAGGAAGACGGGCCUGUUUUCAGCGACUCUGACGAGUGGAGUGCAGACGCUGUCGAAGCUGUGCCUGUCGAAUCAGAUAUUUAUCAAUGCAGAUGAUUUAUCGCAAAAUUACGUGUCAAGUUUGUCGAAUGAAGUGGCAAACGCGACAAACUAUACUACACCGAAGGGGCUGAAUAACUACUACUUGAUCCUGAGCACGGAGCAGAAGCUGCACUUCGCACUGGUGUUCAUAGAGUACUUGAGGAAGGCAGGAGCGACGAAGCUGGUGCUGUUCUUCCUCUCAUGCGAUCUCGUGGACUACUACUACGAGGUGAUUACAAGACUGUCGUCGACCGCGAACCCACUGAAGUACAAGGAUAAGGCGAAGGGGAAAACUAGCGUGAACUACUAUAGAAUACACAGGAAGCUGACCACAAAGAAGAGGAACAAAAACAUAAACAUGUUUAAGUCGGACUCGGGUGGGAGCCUUAGCGUGUUGCUGUGCACGGAUAUAUUCUCGAGGGGCAUAGACAUACCCAGAAUAGACUGGAUUCUCCAGAUUGGAAGGGCAGGUAGAGCGGAUAGUGUCGGCAACGCCCUGCUCCUUUUGACAGAGACGGAGGAGUCGUACAUACAGUUCCAGAUUAACAGGAAGAUAGAGUUGACGAGAAUACCACCGUAUAUUUUAGACGAAGUAAAAGACAUAUGCAGCAGCACUGGGAAUUCAGAUAAGAACGGCACGGGGCUGCCUUACGUACUCUACGCAGAUAAGCUGGAAGAUAAGGCCGGUGGCAGUUCAACUUACUUGGAGCACCUAAAGUCGAACCCAGUGGUCAACCCAGUGCUGCCCUGGGAAAGGACGUCGUUUAUCCUCGCUUGUCUAAGAGCCAUGAAUUCAACUAACAGGGAUAUACUACUCUCAUCCUCGAGGGCGUUUGUGUCGUAUACCAGAGCAUACUCAGAGCACUCGUUGAAGUAUAUAUUUGAGAAGCACAAACUGGAUUACGGGUCGCUAGCAACAUCACUAGGAGUUCUGAGGAUUCCCAGAGUAAAGGAGAUACUGGGGAAGAACAUAUCGCACUUUUUGCAGUCAUCAGUAAACCCUCGCGAUGUUCCCUUCCUGGACGCAGAAAAGGAAUCCAGAAGACUCAAGGAGCUGAGCGAACACGUGCCUGAAAGGAGGAAGCCGGCAAAGAAGGAGCCAGAAAAGAGCAAAAGGACUAGAUCUGAGAAGAGGAAGGCAAAAAGGAACAACACUUAUGAGGAGUGGAAUGAGUUUAGAAGGGAGGAGGCGCUCGUUAAAAAACUUAAAAGGAAAAAGUUCGACCCAAAAAAUGUGGAAAAGCUGCUGAACAACGAGGAACUGAGUGAAGCUGGAGAGGACGUCGACUUAACGGACUCGAAGUCCCUGAAACGGUGGAUUCUGAGGGGAAAGGGGAGGAAGAAGCGCAGAUGA